CUUACUAUCUAAAAGGAUCUUCCUUUUAGCCCUGAUAUUCUGAAAUUUCACUAAGUAGUUUCUGUGGGUCUCUGAAUCUCUUUUAAUUAAGAGACUUGAGUGUUUCUGUUCUGGGAGAGGUCACUCGUGCUUUCUUAGCCAUGGUUCUAAUCCCAGCAUUUGGAGGGCCACCUCUUAGGUCCCCCAUGGCUCCUCCAGUUUGGACCCUGAUGCUGCUGCUGGUGGGGGCUGCCUGGGGCCAGGACCAAGUGCCUUCCCCUGUGUGGAGACCGAACUCUCCAGACCCGGAGCUGAUGGUGCACACUCCGAGGGAGGAUUAUAUUCUCUCCAAGUGUGACUUUGAAGACAAUUCCAGACCUUUCUGUGACUGGUCUCAAAUGUCUCAGGAUGAUGGGGACUGGGUUCGGACUACUGGGCCCUCCCUGACUGGCACUUCUGGCCCCCCCGGGGGGUACCCCAAUGGAGAGGGGUAUUACCUGCACAUGGAUCCCAAGACCUUCCCUCGGGGCGGAGUGGCACGCCUGCGUAGCCCUGACAUAUGGGAGCAAGGCCCACUUUGCGUCCAUUUUGCCUUCCACAUGUUUGGGCUGUCAUGGGGUGCCCAGCUCAGACUGCUGCUGAUCAGGGGCCGGAAGCACCACCGGCCCUACAUGCUCUGGAAACAUGUGAACACCCAGAGUCCCUCUUGGAUGCCCACCACUGUCACUGUGCCAGCAGAUCAUGAUAUACCAAGCUGGCUGAUGUUCGAAGGCGUGAGAGGAAACACCGCAUACCUGGACAUUUCUCUGGAUGGCCUCUCUAUCCAGCGCGGUACCUGCAAUCGGAUCUGCAUGUCCCAGAUGUGCACCUUUGAUACUCUAAAUGAUCUCUGCGGCUGGAGCUGGGUCCCAACUGCCACCGGGGCUAAGUGGACCCAAAAGAAGGGAGCAACGGGGACGUUGGGUGUGGGGCCUGAUGAAGACUUCUCUAACCCUAGUAGUGGAUAUUACAUGCUCCUGGACUCUACAAAUGCAAGGCCAGGGCAGAAAGCCGUACUUCUGAGUCCCCUGAGCCACUCCAGUGGAUGUCUGACCCUGUCUUUCUACUACAUAAUGCACGGCCAAGGACACGAUGAAGGCCUUUUUGUCUAUGCUACAUUUUUGGGCAACAUCCGGAAACACUCUCUCUUCUCAGGACAUCCUGGACCUGACUGGCAGGCUGUGUCCGUCAAUUACACAGGACAGGGACAGAUACAGUUCAUGGUGGUGGGUGUGUUUGGAAAUAACCCAGAGCCAGCAAUAGCUGUGGAUGCCAUCAGCAUUGCUCCCUGUGGGGAGAGCUUUCCCCAGUGUGACUUCGAAGACAGAAAUCAUCCUUUCUGUGAUUGGAGCCAGAUGUAUGGAGACAUUGGACACUGGAGCUGGGGAAGUAAAAGCGUACCCACCCCCAUCUCAGGGUCCCCAAGAGAGUUCCCAUAUGGAGGGGGGCAUUACAUUUUCUUUGAUUCGGUCAAGUUAUCCCAGGAGGGGCAGUCUGCCAGAUUGGUGAGUCCACCCUUCUGUGCCCCUGGGGACAUCUGUGUGGAGUUUUCUUACCACAUGUACGGCCUUGGAAAAGGUACCACACUCAAGCUCCUGUUGGGGAGUCCCGCGGGUAGUUCUCCCAUCCCUCUGUGGAACCGUGUCGGGUCUCAGAGCUCUGGCUGGCUGAACAGCUCUGUCACCAUCCCUAAGGGACAUCAGCAGCCCAUGCAGCUGUUUAUUGAGGCCACCCGUGGCACCAGCACUGCCUUUGUCGUCGCUCUGAAUUUCAUCUUGAUCUCUCAUGGACCAUGUCGGGUAUUGCUGCAGACAGAGAUUCCUCCCAGUCCUCUGUUUCCACCUGCUGGCCCUGCUGUACUUACUGUCCCUGUGCUCCCCACGGAGGAGCACACCACCCCUACAGAAGCAACCACUGUUCCCAUAGAAAUAGCCACCACUCCUAUGGAAGAGAUCACCAUCCCCACAGAAGCUGCCACUGUUCCCAUCAGAGAGACCAUUAUUCCCACAGAAGUGACUGCUAUUCCCACAGAGGUGACCACUCCCACCGGAGAAGUGGUCACUGACCACAUGGGAGUGACCUACGUCUCUCCUGAAGAGACCAGUAUCCCCACUACGAUGAUCAUACCUGCAGAAGCUACCACUGUUUCUUCUGAAGAGAUCACUCUUGCCACAGAAGCUAUCACUGUCCCUACAGAAAUGGUCAUUGUCUCCAUAGAAUUGGGUGGAGUCACCAUAGUAGUGACCAAUAUCCCCCCCGCGGAGACCAUUCCUACAGAAGUUACCACUGUUUCUCCUGAAGAGACUGCUCUCCUCACAGAAGUGACUACUGUCCUCCCUGAAGAGACCACUGUCCCCACAGAAGCAACAGCUGUCCACAUGGAAGCAACCAGUGUCUCUCCCCAAGAGACCAGUGUCCCCCCUGAGGAGACCAUUCCUACAGAAGUUACCACUGUUUCUCCUGAAGAGACUGCUCUCCUCACAGAAGUGACUACUGUCCUCCCUGAAGAGACCACUGUCCCCACAGAAGCAACAGCUGUCCACAUGGAAGCAACCAGUGUCUCUCCCCAAGAGACCAGUGUCCCCCCUGAGGAGACCAUCCCUACAGAAGUUACCACUGUACCUCCUGAAGAGUUCAUUCUUCCCACAGAGGUGACUACUGUCCCCACAGAAGUGACUAAUGUUCUCCCUGAAGAUACCACUGUUCCUACAGAAGUAACAACUGUCCACAUGGAAGCGACCAAUGUCUCUCCUGGAGAGAUCAGUGUCUCCCCUGAGGAGACUACUGCUACCGAAGUUACCACUAUUUCUCCUGAAGAGGCCAUUCUCCCCACAAAAGUGAUCAUUCUCCCCAUAGAAGAGAUCGCUGUCCCCACAGAAGUGACCAUUGUCCCCACAGAAGUGACCAUAGUCCCCACUGGAGAGACCACUCUCCCCACUGAAGUGGCCACUGUCCCCACAGAAGUAACAGCUGUCCACAUGGAAGCAACCAAUGUCUCUCCUGAAGAGACCAUCCACCCUGAGGAGACCAUCGCUACAGAUGUUACCACUCUUCCCACUGAAGUGGCCACUGUCCCCACAGAAGUAACAGCUGUCCACAUGGAAACAACCAAUGUCUCUCCUGAAGAGACCAUCCACCCUGAGGAGACCAUCGCUACAGAUGUUACCACUCUUCCCACUGAAGUGGCCACUGUCCCCACAGAAGUAACAGCUGUCCACAUGGAAGCAACCAAUGUCUCUCCUGAAGAGACCAUCCACCCUGAGGAGACCAUCGCUACAGAUGUUACCACUCUCCCCACUGAAGUGGCCACUGUCCCCACAGAAGUAACAGCUGUCCACAUGGAAGCAACCAAUGUCUCUCCUGAAGAGACCAUCCACCCUGAGGAGACCAUCGCUACAGAUGUUACCACUCUUCCCACUGAAGUGGCCACUGUCCCCACAGAAGUAACAGCUGUCCACAUGGAAGCAACCAAUGUCUCUCCUGAAGAGACCAUCCACCCUGAGGAGACCAUCGCUACAGAUGUUACCACUCUUCCCACUGAAGUGGCCACUGUCCCCACAGAAGUAACAGCUGUCCACAUGGAAGCAACCAAUGUCUCUCCUGAAGAGACCAUCCACCCUGAGGAGACCAUCGCUACAGAUGUUACCACUCUCCCCACUGAAGUGGCCACUGUCCCCACAGAAGUAACAGCUGUCCACAUGGAAGCAACCAAUGUCUCUCCUGAAGAGACCAUCCACCCUGAGGAGACCAUCGCUACAGAUGUUACCACUCUCCCCACUGAAGUGGCCACUGUCCCCACAGAAGUAACAGCUGUCCACAUGGAAGCAACCAAUGUCUCUCCUGAAGAGACCAUCCACCCUGAGGAGACCAUCGCUACAGAUGUUACCACUCUUCCCACUGAAGUGGCCACUGUCCCCACAGAAGUAACAGCUGUCCACAUGGAAGCAACCAAUGUCUCUCCUGAAGAGACCAUCCACCCUGAGGAGACCAUCGCUACAGAUGUUACCACUCUCCCCACUGAAGUGGCCACUGUCCCCACAGAAGUAACAGCUGUCCACAUGGAAGCAACCAAUGUCUCUCCUGAAGAGACCAUCCACCCCGAGGAGCCCAUCGCUACAGAUGUUACCACUCUCCCCACUGAAGUGGCCACUGUCCCCACAGAAGUAACAGCUGUCCACAUGGAAGCAACCAAUGUCUCUCCUGAAGAGACAAUCCACCCUGAGGAGACCAUCGCUACAGAUGUUACCACUCUCCCCACUGAAGUGGCCACUGUCCCCACAGAAGUAACAGCUGUCCACAUGGAAGCAACCAAUGUCUCUCCUGAAGAGACCAUCCACCCUGAGGAGACCAUCGCUACAGAUGUUACCACUGUUUCUCCUGAAGAGACCAUCGCUACAGAUGUUACCACUGUUUAUCCUGAAGUGACCAUUCUCCUCACAGGAGUGGCCACUGUCCCCAUAGAAGUGCCUACUGUCUUCACAGAAGUGACCACAGUCCCCAUUGGAGAGACCACUCUCCCCACAGAAGUGCCUACUGUCCUCACAAAAGUGACCACCGUCCCCACAGAAGUGACCACUGUCCCCACUGGAGAAACCACUCUCCCAACAGAAGUAACCACUGUCACCACUGGAAAAACCGCUCUCCCGACAGAAGUGCCCACUGUCCUCACAGAAGUGACAGGUGUUCACACAGAAGUGACCAAUAUCUCUCCUGAAGAGACCAGUGUCCCUCCUGAGGAGAUUAUUCCUACAGAAGUUACCACUCUUUCUCCUGAAGAGACCAUGUUCCCCACAGAAGUGCCUACUGUCCUCACAGAAGUGACCACUGUCCCCACAGAAGUGACUACUGUCCUCACAAAAGAGACCACUUUCCCUACAGCAAUGCCUACUGUCUCCACAGAAGUAACUAAUGUCUCUCCUGAAGAGACCAGUGUCCCCCAUGAGGAGACCAUCCCUACAGAAAUAACUACUGUUUCUCCUGAAGAGAUGGUUCUCCCCACAGAGGUGACCACUGUCCCCAUAGAAGUGACCACUGUCCCCACAGAAGUACUCACUGUCCUCACUGGGAAGAUCACCAUCCCCACAGACAUAACCAUUGUCUCCACAGAAGUGACAGGUGUUCACACAGACAUGACCAAUGUCUCUCCUGAAGAGACCAGCAUCCCUCCUGAGGAGAUUAUUCCUACAGAAGUUAUCACUUUUUCUCUUGAAGAGACCAUGUUCCCCACAGAAGUGCCCACUGUCUCCACAGAAGUGGCAGGUGUUCAUACAGAAGUGACCACUCCUCCUCCUGAAGAGACCACCAUCCCUACAGAAGUGACCAUUGUUCCUCCUGUCAGCAUCCCUCCUGAGGAGACCACUACCCCAACAGAAGUGAGCACUACCCCUCCUGAAGAGACCACCAUCCCUACAGAAGUGACCACUCUUCUUCCUGUCAGCAUCCCUCCUGAGGAGACCACCAUCCCUACAGAAGUGACCACUCCUCCUCCUGUCAGCAUCCCUCCUGAGGAGACCACUACCCCAACAGAAGUGAGCACUACCCCUCCUGAGGAGACCACCAUCCCGACAGAAGUGACCACUGUUCCUCCUGUCAUCAUCUCUCCUGAGGAGACCACCACCCCGACAGAAGUGACCACUCCUCCUCCUGAAGAGACCACCAUCCCUACAGAAGUGACCACUGUUCCUCCUGUCAGCAUCUCUCCUGAGGAGACCACCACCCCGACAGAAGUGACCACUCCUCCUCCUGAAGAGACCACCAUCCCUACAGAAGUGACCACUGUUCCUCCUGUCAGCGUCCCCCCUGAGGAGACCACGGUCCAUACAGAAGUAACUACUGUCCCAACAGAAGGAACCACUGUCCCUCCUGAAAAGACCACUAUUCCUUCAGAAGAGACCACUGUCUCCACUCCAGAGACCAUUUUCCUUACAAAGCAAUCUACUGUUAUUCAAACAUCCACAGCUUGUAGACCACCCUGCCCAAGUCCUACACUCAUGCCCAUUGGACCAAGCCUUUUGAAGCCACCAGUUGUCUCAGUGAUCGGCAUGGCCCCAACUACAGUGAACUGCCCUCCAAAUGCCCACUUUGAAUUGUGUGCAUGCCCUGCAUCCUGUGAGAACCCCAAGCCCAGCUGCCAGUACCCCUGCAUCCCUGGCUGUAUCUGCAAUCCUGGGUUUUUGUUUAGUAACAAUCAAUGUAUCAACGAGUCUUCCUGUAAUUGUCCCUACGACCACAAGUACUAUAAGCCUGGAGAAGAAUGGUUCAGUCCCAAUUGCACAGAGCGGUGCCGCUGCUUGCCGGGUAGCCUGAUGGAGUGCCAGAUCUCUCAGUGUGGGACGCACACUAUAUGCCAGCUGAAGAGUGGCCAGUACCAGUGUGAGCCCUACGGUGGGGCUACCUGCCUGGUCUAUGGGGACCUUCAUUUCGUCACCUUUGAUGAGAGGCACAUUGGCUUCACAGGGACCUGUACCUAUAUCUUGACCGAAACCUGCAGCAAUUCCACAGACCCAUUCUUUAGGAUAACAGCAAGCACCCAAGAACGUGGAGUAGAUGGUGUGUCCAGCCUGGGCAAAGUUUUCAUCACUCUGCAAGAGAUGACCAUUACCAUGGACAGGGGCAGACACACAUUGAUUGGGGAUCAGGAAGUCACCCUUCCAGCCAUACCUUCUGAUGGCAUCUAUGUGGGUCUGAGUGGGCGAUUUGUGGAGCUGAAGACAACAUUUGGUUUGCGUGUGAGAUGGGACGGUGACCAGCAGCUUUUUGUGACUGUGUCCAGUACCUACUCAGGCAAACUCUGUGGUUUCUGUGGGAACUAUGAUGGGGACAGCAGCAAUGACAACCUGAAGUCAGAUGGCAUGAUGGCGUACGAUUCGGAGGAGUUGGGGCAGAGCUGGCAAGUGGAAAAGGAAGAGGACGAGGAGUGUCUAAAGAAGAAGAUUCCCCCAUCUUGUGACCCUGCUUUGGUGACCACUAUGUUGGGACCCGAGUUAUGUGGACAGCUUGUCAACCCAAGUGGACCCUUUGAAGCGUGCCUGCUUCACCUGAAGGCCUCAUCCUUCCUGGAUAACUGUGUGACUGACAUGUGUAGCUUCCAGGGUCUCCAGCAGAAGCUCUGUGCUCACAUGUCGGCCAUGACGGCCACCUGCCAGGAUGCUGGCUAUCCUGUGAAGGCCUGGAGGGGACCCGAGAUGUGCCCUUUGGUGUGCCCUAAAAAUAGCAGGUACUCCCUCUGUGCCAACCCAUGCCCGGACACCUGCCAUCCUGGAUCUGCUACCCAGACCUGCUCAGACGAUUGUGUGGAAGCCUGUGAGUGUAGCCCUGGCUUCAUCCUCAGUGGUUUUGAGUGCGUCCCUGCAUCCGAGUGCGGGUGCAUCAGCCUCCAGGGGCGCUACUUCAAGGUACAGGAGCAGUGGUUUAAUCCAGACUGCAAGGAGAUCUGCAUUUGUGAAAGCCACAACAAUAUUCGCUGCAAGCCCUGGAAGUGUAAGGCUCAGGAAACCUGUGGACACAAGAAUGGCAUAUUAGGCUGUCAUGCCCAAGGUACAGCCACCUGCAUCGCCUCUGGUGACCCCCACUACCUGACCUUCGACGGAGCUCUGCACCAUUUUAUGGGCACCUGCACUUAUGUACUGACCCAGCCUUGCUGGCCCAAAUCUCAAGACAACAACUUUGUCGUGAGUGCCACCAAUGAGAUACGUGGUGGCAACAUGGAAGUCUCCUAUGUCAAAGCUGUCCAUGUGCAAGUCUUUGACCUCAAAAUCUCCCUGUUCAAAGGUCAAAAGGUCAUGGUAAACAACCAAAGGGUGGUGCUACCUGUGUGGCCUUCGAAAGGACGGGUGACCAUUAGGAUGAGUGGCAUCUUUGUCCUGCUCUACACAAACUUUGGCCUUCAAGUUCGAUAUGACGGAAGGCAUCUGGUGGAGGUGACGGUGCCGUCCUCGUACACUGGCUCACUCUGUGGGCUGUGUGGGAACUACAACAAUAACAGCUUGGAUGAUAAUCUGCGUGCAGACAUGAAGCCGGCGGUCAACUCACUUCUGCUGGGAGCUGCUUGGAAAAUCCUUGAAGCCUCUGAUCCUGGCUGCUUCAUAGUUGGAGUCAAGGCCUCCAGCUGCCAAGAGAGCAACGUGGACGACACCUGGACUAGAAAAUGUGCCGUCUUGAUGAACCCUGUUGGGCCUUUCUCCAAUUGCCACGAGGUGGUGCCCCCGCAGGCCAGCUUCUCCAGCUGUGUGUAUGACCAGUGUGGGACCAACGGAGACGACCUAACCUUCUGCCGCUCCCUGCAGGCCUACGCAUCUCUGUGUGCCCAGGCUGGCCAGGUGAUUACCUGGCGCAACAGCAGCUUCUGCCCUCUGAGGUGCCCACCCAGGAGCAACUACAGCCCAUGUGCCAACUCCUGCCCAGCCACCUGCCUUACCCUAAGCAUCCCAAAGGACUGUCCAACACUGCCCUGUGUCGAGGGCUGUGAAUGCGAGAGAGGCCACAUCCUGAGUGGAACCACCUGUGUGCCCCUCAGAGAGUGUGGCUGCAGUGACCAGGAUGGCUCCUAUCACCUGUUGGGGGAGAGCUGGUACACAGAGAAGACCUGCACCACCCUCUGCACGUGCUCCGUUCCCAGCAACAUCACCUGCAGCCCAACAUCCUGUAAGGCCAACCACGUGUGUUUGCGCCAGGAUGGGCUGCUGCGCUGUGCUGCAGAGGUGGGAGAGUGUCACAUCUCAGAGGAUUCCCAGAUCGUGAGCUUUGAUGAUCAUAGCCAUCCUAUCCAAGAGGCGUGUACUUACAUCUUGGUCAAAGUGUGCCACCCCAGCAUGAACCUGCCUUUCUUCACGAUCAGUGCCAAGAUUGACAUGAUCGCCAACAGCCACGAGACUUUCCGUGCCUAUCAGCUGUAUAUUGACAUCUUCAACUUCCACAUCACUCUUCAGAAAAACCAUUUAGUCCUCAUAAGCUUGAUCAAUGACUCAAUGAUCACCCUUCCUGCCACCACCCAGAUCCCAGGACUCAGUGUCAUGACUGAAGGCGUCUAUACCAUUGUCACAAUUAAGGAUGAAAUUCUAGUCAAGUUUGAGAGCAAUAAUUUCUUAGUUAUCAAAAUUCCUGCAACCUCUAAUGGGAAGGUCUGCGGUGUGUGUGGCAAUUUCAACGGUGAAGAAGAGGAUGAACUCAUGACACCCAGUGAUGAGUUGGCUGAGAAUGAGCAGGAGUUCAUGGAGAGCUGGAAAGAUAAGAACAUUGACCCAAACUGCCAGAAAAUAGAAGAACAGAGCGUCCAUGUGGAACAGCAGGAGGUCAUGCAUGGGAAGUGCAGGCCCAUAGACUUUGAGCAAGCCCAGGCGAACUGUCAAACCGCCCUCCAGAGUCCCGCCUGGGCCCACUGUUCUUCCCGGGUACCCACCAAGCCCUUCUUGCUGAAGUGCAUGAACAGCUUCUGUGAAUUCGGAGAACUCUUCCGUGCUCUUUGUGAUUCUCUGCAGUCUUUCGAAGAUUCCUGCCGGAACCAGGGGCUCGAGCCACCUAUCUGGAGGAACAGCAGCUUUUGCCCUCUGGAGUGCCCAGCUCACAGUCACUACACAAACUGCCUCCCUUCCUGUCUACCUUCCUGCUUGGACCCAGACAGCCGCUGUGAGGGCUCUGGCCACAAAGUCCCUGCCACCUGCAAGGAGGGUUGCAUCUGUCAACCUGACUAUGUGCUGAAUAAUGACAAGUGUGUGCUCAAAUCUCAAUGUGGCUGCAGAGAUGGUAAAGGUGUCUUCACCCCGGAAGGGAAGAACUGGAUCUCCAAUAGCUGUACCCAGAACUGUGUCUGCAUUGGAGGGACCAUUGAGUGCCAGAAUUUCCAGUGUCCCUUGGGGGCUCAGUGCAGGGACAAUGAAGAUGGCAGCAGUACCUGUGUCAAAAUCAGUGUUCAGUGCCCGGUCCACAGCAUCUACACCAAAUGCCUUCCCCCCUGUCCUCCUACCUGCUCCAACCCAGAUGGCCACUGUGAGGCCACAAGCCCCGACAUCCCUGCCAUUUGCAGAGAAGGCUGCCUCUGCCAGACUGGCUUUGUAUCUGAUAACGACAAGUGUGUGCCCGCAACUGAGUGUGCCUGCAAAGACACCCAGCGUGGCUUCAUCUUGGCAGGCAAGACUUGGAUCUCCGAAGACUGUACGCAGAGCUGUACCUGCGUGAAAGGGACCUUGAGGUGCCGGGAUUUUCACUGUCCCUCAGGGACUUACUGCAGGAACAGUACCUGUGUCAAAAUCUUUCUGCAGUGCCCGGCCCACAGCCAGUUCACAGACUGCCUUCCCCCCUGUCAUCCUUCCUGCUCUGAUCCCGAAGGCCACUGUGAGGGCAUCAACACCAAAGGCCCCUCUCACUGCAAAGAGGGCUGCGUGUGUCAAUCUGGCUAUGUGCUACAAGACGACAAGUGUGUGCUCAAAAUCGAGUGUGGCUGCCGAGACACGCAGGGUGGCUUCAUUCUUGCAGGCAAGAACUGGACCUCCAGAGGCUGUACCCAGAGCUGUAACUGCAUGGAGGGGGUCGUUCGAUGCCAGCAUUUCCAGUGUCCCUCAGGGACUUACUGCCAGGACAUUGCGGAUGGCACCAGUAACUGCGCCACUCUGCAGUGCCCUGCCCACAGCAGCUUCACCAACUGCCUCCCUUCCUGCCUGCCUUCCUGCUUGGACCCAGAAGGUCACUGUGAGGGCUUCACUACCAAAGGCCCCUUCGCCUGCAAGGAGGGCUGUGUCUGUGAACCUGGCUAUGUGCUGCUUGACGACAAGUGUGUGCCCAGAAUAGAGUGUGGUGGUUGCAAAGACGCCCAGGGUGUCCUCAUCUCUGCAGACAAGACAUGGAUCAACAAAGGCUGCACACAAAUCUGUACCUGUGUGACAGGGACCAUCCACUGCACGAAUUUCCAGUGUCCCUUAGGGACCUACUGCAAGGACAUUGAGGAUGGCAACACUAACUGCACCAAAAUCUCUCUGCAGUGCCCCCCUCACAGCCUCUACACCCACUGCCUUCCCUCCUGCCUGCCUUCCUGCUCGGACCCAGAGGGCCUCUGUGGGGGCACCAUCCAGAAAGUGGCCUCCACCUGCAGGGAGGGCUGUGUCUGUGAACCCGGCUAUGUGCUGAGGAACGACAAGUGUGUGCUCAAAAUUGAAUGUGACUGCGAAGACGCCCACGGUGUCCUCAUCCCCGCAGACACGAUCUGGAUCAAUAGGGGCUGCACCCAGACCUGCACCUGCAUGGGAGGGGCCAUCCAGUGCCAGAAUUUCAAGUGUCCCUUAGACACUUACUGCAAGGACAUCGAGGAUGGCAACAGUAACUGCACCAAUAUCGAGCUCCAUUGCCCGGCUCACAGCCACUACAGCAACUGCCUUCCACACUGUCAGCCUUCCUGCUCGGACCCUGAUGGCCACUGUGAGGGUUCCAGUACCAAAGCCCCCUCCACCUGCAGGGAGGGCUGUGUCUGUGAACCUGACUAUGUGCUGAAUGGCAACAAGUGUGUGCUCAGAAUAGAGUGUGGCUGCAAAGACACCCAGGGUGUCCUCAUCCUCGAAGACACGACCUGGAUCAACAGAGGUUGUACUCGGAGCUGCACCUGCGUGGGAGGGGCCAUCCAGUGCCAGAAACAUCACUGCCCCUCAGGGACUUACUGCAAAGACGCGGAGGGGGACAGCAGUAGCUGCGCUCCAAUCACUCUGCAGUGCCCCGCCCACAGCAGCUUCACCAACUGCCUCCCUUCCUGCCUGCCUUCCUGCUCGGACCCAGAAGGCCACUGUGAGGGCUCCACCACCAAAGGCCCCUUCGCCUGCAAGGAGGGCUGUGUCUGUGAACCUGGCUAUGUGCUGCUUGACGACAAGUGUGUGCCCAGAAUAGAGUGUGGCGGCUGCAAAGACGCCCAGGGUGUCCUCAUCCCCGUAGACAAGAUCUGGAUCAACAGGGGCUGCACCCAGACCUGCACCUGCAUGGGAGGGGCCAUACAGUGCAGGAAAUUUCAGUGUCCCUCAGGGACUUACUGCAAGGGCAUCGAGGAUGGCAACAGUAACUGCACCAAUAUCCCUCUGCAGUGCCCCGCCCACAGCAGCUUCACCAACUGCCUCCCUUCCUGCCUCCCUUCCUGCUCUAACAUGAAUGUCCACUGUGAGGAAUCCAGGCCCAAAGCCCUCUCCACUUGCAAAGAGGGCUGCGUCUGUCAUUCUGGCUACGUGCUGUAUAAUGAGGAGUGUAUACGCAGAAAUCGGUGUGGCUGCAAAGAUGGCCAGGGUGCUGUCGUCCCAACAGGCGAGACGUGGAUCAACAAAGGCUGCACACAAAUCUGUACCUGUGUGACAGGGACCAUCCACUGCAGGAAAUUUCAGUGUCCCUUAGGGACCUACUGCAAGGACAUCGCGGAUGGCAACAGCAACUGCACUAAUAUCCAUGAAGGCUGGCAGGGGUCAGAAGAGGCUGUUAGAUUUGGAGCUGAUGGUCAUGGGUAUUGGGAACCAAACACAGUUCCUCCGGAGGACAAGCCAACUCUGAAGUGCCCGGCCCACAGCCGUUACACCCACUGCCUCCCCUCCUGUCCACCCUCAUGCUCGGACCCAGAGGGCCUCUGUGGGGGCACCAGCCCUAAAGUCCCCUCCACCUGCAAGGAGGGCUGCAUCUGCCAGCUUGGCUAUGUGAUACAUAUGGACAAGUGUGUGCUCAGGAGUCACUGUGGCUGCAAAGACACCCAAGGUGCUUUCAUCUCGGCAGACAAGACCUGGAUCUCCAGAGGCUGCACCAAGAGCUGUACCUGCACAGAAGGGGUCAUCCAGUGCAGGAAUUUCCAGUGUCCCUCAGGGACCUACUGCAAGGACAGUGAUAAUGGCAGCCCUAACUGCACCAAAAUCACUCUGCAGUGCCCAGUGGACAGCCAGUUCACCGACUGCCUUCCCUCCUGUCUACCUUCUUGCUCCAACCACUGUGAGGUCACCAGCCCCAACGUCCCCUCCAUCUGCAAGGAGGGAUGUCUCUGCAACCAUGGCUUUGUGUUCAGUGAGGACGCAUGUGUGCCCAGAACUCAGUGUGGCUGUAAAGAUGCCCACGGUGGCAUCAUUCCGGCAGGCAAGACCUGGACCUCCAAAGACUGUACCCAGACCUGUACCUGCAUAGAAGGGACCAUCCAGUGCCAGAAUUCCCAGUGUCCCCCAGAGACCUACUGCAAGGACAAUGGUGAUGGCAGCAGUAACUGCACCAAAAUCACUCUUCAAUGCCCCGCCCACAGCCUCUUUGCCAGCUGCCUUCCCUCCUGCCUGCCUUCCUGCUCGGACCCAGAGGGCCUCUGUGGGGGCACCAGCCCUGAAGUCCCCUCCACCUGCAAGGAGGGCUGUGUCUGCCAGUCUGGCUACGUGCUGAACAGUGACAAGUGUGUCCUCAGAGUUGAGUGUGACUGUAGAGACACACAGGGUGCCCUCAUCCUGGCAGGCAACACUUGGACCUCCAAGGGCUGUACCCAGAGCUGUACCUGCAUAGAAGGGGCCAUCCAGUGCCAGAAUUCCCAGUGUCCCCCUGGGACUUACUGCAAGGACAGCAGUGAUGGCAGCGGUUCCUGUGUCGAAAUCACUCUGCAGUGCCCCGCCCACAGCCUGUUCACUGACUGCCUUCCCUCCUGUCUGCCUUCCUGCUUGCACCCGGAUGGCCUCUGUAAAGGAGUCAGUCCCACAGUCCCUUCCACUUGCAAGGAGGGCUGCGUCUGUCAAUCUGGCUAUGUGCUGAGUAAUAACAAGUGUAUACUCAGAAAUCAGUGUGGCUGCAAAGACGCCCACGGCGUUCUCAUCCCAGAAGACAAGACCUUGAUCUCCAGAGACUGUACCCAGAGCUGUGUCUGUACAGAAGGGAGCAUCCAGUGCCUGGUUUUCCAGUGUCCCCCUGGGACUUACUGCAGGGACAGUGGUGAUGGCAGCGGUACCUGUGUCAAAAUCAGUCUGCAAUGUCCAGCCAACAGUCGCUACACUGACUGCGUCCCCCUCUGUCCCCCUUCUUGCUCGGACCCAGAGGGCCGCUGCGAAGGCCCUGGCCCCACAGUCCCCUCCAUUUGCAAGGAAGGCUGUCUCUGCCACCCUGGCUUUGUACUUGAUUGGGACAAGUGCGUGCCCAGAAUUGAGUGUGGCUGCAAAGACACGCAGGGUGCUCUCAUUCCGGCAGGCAAGACCUGGAUUCCUAGAGGCUGUACCCAGAGCUGUACCUGCAUAGGAGGGGCCGUUCAGUGCCAGAAUUCCGAGUGUCCCCCAGGGACUUACUGCAAGGACAACAUUGAUGGCAGCGGAACUUGUGUCAAAAUCACUCUGCAGUGCCCCGCCCACAGCAACUACACCGAUUGCCUUCCCACCUGUCUCCCUUCCUGCUUGGACCCCAGUGCCCACUGUGGGGAGCCCAGCCCUAAAGACCCCUCUACUUGCAAGGAGGGCUGCGUCUGUCAACCUGGCUACAUGCUGGAUAAAGACAAGUGUGUCCUUAAAGUUGAGUGUAGCUGCAGAGACAACCAGGGUGCUGUCAUUCCGGCAGGCGAGACCUGGAUCUCCAAGGGUUGUACCCAAAGCUGUGCCUGUAUGGGAGGGGCCGUUCAGUGCCAGAAUUCCCAGUGUCCCCCAGGGACUUACUGCAAGGACAGUAUCGAUGGCAGCAGUAACUGCACCGAAAUCACUCUGCAGUGCCCUGCUCACAGCUACUUCACCACCUGCCUUCCCUCCUGUCCCGCUUCCUGUUCCAAUUUGGAUGGCAGCUGUGUGGAGUCCAACUUCAAAGCCCCCUUUAUCUGCAAGGAGGGCUGUAUCUGUCAACCCGGCUACUUCUUAAAUAAUGACAAGUGUGUGCUCCGAAUUCAGUGCGGCUGCAAAGACGCCCAGGGCGGCCUCAUCCCCGCAAGCAGGACCUGGAUCUCCGCUGGCUGCACUGAGAGUUGUACCUGCGUGGGAGGGAACAUCCGGUGCAGGAAUUUCCAGUGUCCCCCGGGGACUUACUGCAAAGACAGCAGUGAUGGCAGCGGUUCCUGUGUCAAAAUCACUCUACAAUGUCCCCCCCACAGCCGCUUCACAGACUGCCUUCCCGCAUGUCCGCCUUCCUGUACUGCUCUGGAUGGCCAGUGUGAGGGCAUCAGUCCCAAAGUCCCGUCUCCCUGCACAGAGGGCUGCCUCUGCCAACCUGGCUAUGUGAUGCAUAAUCACAAGUGUGUGCUCCAGAUUCACUGUGACUGCAGAGACGCCCACGGUGGCUUCAUUCCGGCAGGCAAGACCUGGAUCUCCAGUGACUGCACCCAGAGCUGUGCCUGCGUGGGAGGGACUGUCCAGUGUCACAACUUCACCUGCCCCCCAGGGACUCAGUGCCAGAACAGUGUCUGUUCCAAAAUCAUACAGUGCCCAGUCCACAGCCAUUACACCGCCUGCCUCCCCUCCUGUCCACCAUCCUGCUUUGACCCAGAAGGCCUCUGUUGGGGCACCAGUCCAAGAACCCCCUCCACCUGCAAGGAGGGUUGUGUCUGCCAACCUGGCUAUGUGCUGAACGAAGACAAGUGUGUGCUCAGGAGUCACUGUGUCUGCAAGAAUAACCAGGGUGUCCUCAUCCCGGCAGACAAGUCCUGGCUCACCAGAGGCUGUAUCCAAAACUGUACGUGCAAAGGAGGGGACAUUCAUUGCUUGAAUUUCAAGUGUCCCUUGGGGACCGAAUGCAAGGACAGUGUUGAUGGAAACAGUAACUGUGCCAAAAUUGUUCUGCAAUGCCCAGCCCACAGCUACCACACCAACUGCCUUCCCUCCUGUAUCCCAUCCUGCUCCAACGUGAAUGGCCGCUGUGAGUUUACCAGCCUCAAAAACCCCUCUACCUGCAUAGAAGGCUGCCUCUGCCAGUCUGGCUUUGUGUUCAAUAAGGACAAGUGUGUCCACAGAACUCAGUGUGGCUGCAAAGACUCCCAGGGCACCCUCAUUCCGGCAGGUAAGAACUGGAUUACCACGGGCUGUUCCCAGAGAUGUACUUGCACGGCAGGACUUGUUCAGUGCCACGACUUCGAGUGCCCCUCAGGGACCGAGUGCCAGGACAUCGAGGACGGCAACAGUAACUGUGCUGAAAUCACUGUGCAGUGCCCGGCCCACAGUCACUACUCCAAAUGCCUUCCUUCAUGCCUGCCUUCCUGCUCCGACCCAGAUGGCCUCUGCAAGGGCACGCGCCCCAAAGCCUCCUCCACCUGUGAGGAGGGCUGUGUCUGUCAGUCCGGCUAUGUGCUGAGUAACGACACGUGUAUACGCAGCAGUGCGUGUACCUGCAAGAACACCCAUGGUGUUCUCAUCCCCGAAGGCAAGACAUGGGUCUCCAGGGGAUGUACCAAGAACUGCACCUGCAAGGGAGGGACUGUCCAGUGUCAAGACUUCGGCUGCCCAACAGGGUCCCGUUGCAUAGACAAUAAAGAUGGCAACAGUAACUGUGUCACCUACGCUCUGAAGUGCCCAGCCCACAGCCUCUACACCCACUGCCUUCCCUCCUGCCUGCCUUCCUGCUCGGACCCAGAGGGCCUCUGUGGGGGCACCAGCCCUGAAGUCCCCUCCACCUGCAAGGAGGGCUGCUUCUGUCGAUCCGGCUACGUGCUGCAUAACAACAAGUGUAUGCUUAGAAUUCACUGUAACUGCAAAGACAGCCAGGGUAGCCUCAUCCAGGUCGGCCAGACACGGAUCUCCUCUGGGUGUUCCCAGAUUUGUGAAUGCAAGAAAGGAUCCUUUCAGUGCCAAAGUUUUAAGUGCCCCUCAGGGACCCAGUGUGAGGAGAACGAAGACGGCAGCCAUAACUGUGUCUCCAGCACUAUGAAGUGCCCCGCCAACAGCCUCCGCACCAACUGCCUCCCUUCCUGUCUACGUUCCUGCUCCAACCCUGAUGGCCACUGUGAGGGCACCAGCCACAAAACCCCCUCCACCUGCAGGGAGGGCUGUGUCUGUCGACCUGGCUACCUGCUCGAUAAGGACACGUGUGUGCGCAAAGACCAGUGUGACUGCAAAGAUAUCAAGGGCGACAUCAUCCCGGCAGGCAAGACCUGGAUCUCCAGCGGCUGCACCCAGAGCUGUGCUUGCACGGAUGGGGUUAUUCAGUGCCAGAAUUUCAUCUGCCCGUCAGGGUCCCACUGUCAGCACAAUGAUGAUGGCAGCAGUGACUGUGCAGCCAACAAGCUGGAAAAAUGUACCAUCUUUGGGGACCCCUAUUACCACACGUUCGAUGGCUUCACCUACCGCUUCCUGGGUCGUAUGAACUACUAUCUCAUAAAGACACUGGACAAGCUCCCAAGAGGGAUUGAGCCGCUGAUCAUGGAGGGGCGCAACAAAAUAUCCCCCAAGGGGAGCUCAACCUUGCACGAAGUGACCACCAUCGUCUACGGCUAUAAAAUCCAGCUCCAAGAAGGCCUGGGGGUUUUGGUCAACAAUCAGAAGGUGUCGGUGCCCUAUAAUCCUAAUGAGCACCUGCGGGUCAUCUUGCGGGCUCAACGGCUGCUUCUCGCCACUGACUUUGAAAUGGUGCUGGACUUUGACGGAAAGCACAGCGCAGUGAUCUCCUUGCCUACCACAUACCGUGGGCUGAUACGGGGCCUGUGUGGAAACUAUGACAAGGACCAAACCAAUGACUUCAUGUUGCCCAGUGGAGAGGUCACCUCAAACGUCCAUGUCUUUGGCAACAGUUGGGAGGUGAAGGUGAUGCAUGCCUUCUUCCGAUUCCCAAGGGCCCUACCAGAAGAAGGGGGAAGAGAGGAAGAACCUGACCUUCUGCAAUCAGAAUGCAGCCCAGAGCAGACAGCACUCAUCGGCAGUACCCAGGCCUGUAGGGUGCUGGUGGACCCCCAGGGCCCCUUUGCUGCAUGUCACCAGAUUAUAGCUCCAGAACCCUUCAAGCAGCGCUGUAUAUCGGAUAUGUGCACUGGCUGGAAGACCAAGGAAGAGGAGGAACUGCGAUGUCGCGUCCUCGGUGGCUAUGCCAUCAUUUGCCGGGAUGCAGGUGCCAACAUGACUGGUUGGCGGGACCAGGCACACUGUGCCAUGACGUGUCCUGCCAAUACUGUGUAUCAGAGCUGCAUGACACCCUGCCCAGCAACCUGUGCCAAAUUUGUGACCCCCAAGGUCUGUGAAGGCCCCUGCGUGGAAGGCUGUGCCAGUCUCCCAGGCUACAUCUACAGUGACACACAGAGCCUCCCAGUGACGCACUGUGGCUGCACCACCAAUGGCAUCUAUUACAAGCUGGGUGACAGCUUCGUAACUAACAACUGCUCCCAGCGCUGCUCCUGUGCAAGCCGAGGGAUCCUGCUGUGCGAGCCCUAUGGCUGCAGAGGUGGAGAGUCCUGCAUGGUGGCCAACUUUACUCGAGACUGCUUCCGGGACAGCCCGUGUCUGCAGAACCCCUGUCACAAUGAUGGCCGGUGUGAGGAGCGAGGGGCUGCCUUCAUCUGCCACUGUGACUUUGGUUAUGGAGGAGAAUUCUGCACAGAGCCUCGAGAUGUCACCACCAGGAAAAAGCUAGAAGCAUCCAGCUUAGUGGCCAUCCUGCCAGGGGUGCUUGUGAUGGUGUUAGUCCCGGUCCUACUGCCCAGAGUGUAUGUUUACAUGGCGACAAGAACUACCAUGGCGAGGAGGAGGAGGAAAGGGGAGAAACUGUUGAGACGAAGUAUACUUAGGCUGGAGGACACAGGUGAGAACCAGACCUGGGGCUAUGUGAGUCCUAGCCAAGAACUGAGUCCUCCUGCAACGUGGGUGUUCUUGCUUUCUCCUCAGAUGUUCCAGAGCCUACCUUCAAAGCCACCGAGUUCUGAGUUGUCCUCAAACAGAGAAAAAUAUUUUAUUUUUUUAAAUAGCUUUUGUUUUAGGAUUGUUAUUGUGGGGGGAUGGGCACGUGCCUGCCACUUGCAUGUCUGGAGGUGAGAAGACAACUUGUGGGAGUCACUUCCUUUACUUUGCGGGACAUGGGGAUUGAACUCAGGACACGAGGCUUCACAGCGAGCACCUUCUCCACCAAGACAGGCCCAGGCUUAAUGUUUUUAGUAGGAGUGUCUCCCUGAUUGUGGUGGAGGCAGCGAGUCUGAGAGCUGAAGAGAAAUGGGAAAGGGAGACAGGUGUGUGUGGAUCCCUGAAGGUCGAGUGCUGUGCAGGGAAUGUCCCGGGGGACAGAACCUCAGGUCUCAGGAAGGAGAAUGUCACCAGUCACGAAAGCUACAGUCAGAGCCUGUUCAGCUCUGGUAGGGCACCAGCAAUGGAAGGCAGAAGAGGCAGGGAGGGAAGGUUCUGGAAGGAAGAAUGAGCAGGAGAAAAGACUUCCUGUGCCCAUCUUUUUUUUUUUUUAAGACAAGUUAUUACAUUGCUGAGAAUGACUCUGACCUCCUGAUCCUCCUGUCUCUGCCUGUUGAAAUUACAAGUAUACAUCUCUACACCCCGUUAACUAACACUAGGGGCAGAACCUGGGGUUCUGUGCAUGCUAGGCAGACACUCCCCCAACGGAGCCACUUCUCCAGCUCCUGUAGUGCAUCUCCUUUACCCAUUUAAAAUACACAUGUAUGUGCAUGUACAUAUACGUGUUCAUGUGUGUACAAGCGUGUCCAGGCGUGACACCAUCCCUACAAAGUCAGGGACAUAUGCUCCCCCCCAGACAGGGAACCAAUGAUGAACCAGAGUAGUGACCGCCCCCUGCAGUCCAGAGUGGUGAGCGAAUGAACCUGCUGGGAUCAUUGCAGGAUAUAGUGAGCGGCAACUCACGGCAGCAGAAAUGACCCAAAGGGGGGUUGGGGAUUUAGCUCAGUGGAAGAGCGCUUGCCUAGAGAGCGCAAGGCCCUGGGUUCAGUCCCCAGCUCCGAAAAAAAAGAAAAAAGAAAAAGAAAAAAAAAAAAAAAGAAAUGACCCAAAGGUAGCUGUGAUGGCUUCCGAAAGCGGAGCCCUGGUGCUCACUGCACAGCCUGCAGGCAGCUUGACGGGUUGAAGGGUGUCUCUUCCGGGCAGCUCUGCCUGUCUGAGAGUGCUUUCGGCAGUCCAUGCUGUUCAUAUAAACUUGGGAAGGAGCGACCCAGUGCGUUCUGUCGGUUUGCAUUGUUUACUUCCUGGGACUCCAGGAGCUUCCCUUCACUGUGCACAUUUGUGACGUCGUGCUCAGAGGACAGCCUCUGCUGCCACUCCUCAGACUCCUUCCACCUUUCUUUGAGAAAGUCUCUCACUAGACUUUGACAUGGAGUUAGGCUAGCUGGCCAGCUGGUUUCCAUGGAUCCACCCAUCUGUCCUCCACAAUCGUUAGUGUAUGCAUCAUAAUAGCGGGGCCACUUACAUGGGUUCUGGGAAUAAGCCUCAGGUCCUCAUUUAUGCGACAAGCACUUUACCACCAGAGCCAUCUCUCCAGUACCCUGGUGGGAUUUUUUAUUUUUACUAAUGUUCACACAUACACAUAAAAUAAAUAAACUUUAAAGAGAGAGACAGAGAGACAGACACAGAGGCCUGUGUUGAGUCAAGGAGGACACAUGCCCAGGGAGAUAUUAUUAAUCUGUGUGACAAGCAUAGCUUUGGAGAACUUUCCUUUUUCCUGUUGUCAGAAGACAAGUUCUCCUUUUACUAUGCGGGGCUUCGGGACCAAGCUCAGGUCUUUGGCCUGCUGAGCCAUCACUGCCACGUUUAGGGAGCUAAGUUAUUUUUUAAGGUGGUCUCAAGCUUGCUAUAUAAACCUGGCCUGGCACUCACUAAGCUGAAUGGACUUAGCCUAUGAGUUCUUCUACUAGAGGGAAGCAAGGGCAUCCCUCACUCUUCCUUCCCCAGUGUCUCUAAGGAGCCCUUCAGGAGGUUACUAUGGGAACUGUGGGUGGAGUUACAGGCUCCGGGGGCCAUUCUCACAACCAGGUAGGAGUAACCACUGCUUCAACCAAAGGAGGCCAAGCUGUGUAAUUUGCACUCUGAGAGUUUGUGUCUCCUGGGUUAGUCCUUACUUGGGGUAAUGAAGGGGAAAAUCGAGGCUGUAAUGAAGACAACCAGGCAUGCAUUAGACUGUAAGGACCUCAAGAAACAGACUUGGGCUGGAGAGAUGGCUCAGUGGUGAAGGGCACCGACUGCUCUUCCAGAGGUCCUGAGUUCGAUUCCCAGCAACCACAUGGUGGCUCACAACCAUCUGUAAUGGGAUUCGAUGACCUCUUCUGGUGUGUUCUGAAGACAGCUACAGUGCGCUCAUAUACAUAAAAUAAAUAAGUCUUUAAAGAAAGAGAGAGACUUGGCCUGAGUGUGUAGUCAGGGAGGACACACACACGCCCAGGGAGAUAUUAUUAUUAUUAUUAUUAUUUUUUGGUUCUUUUUUUCGGAGCUGGGGACUGAACCCAGGGCCUUGCGCUUCCUAGGUAAGCGCUCUACCACUGAGCUAAAUCCCCAGCCCCCAGGGAGAUAUUAUUAAUCUGUCUGUGUGACAACCAUACCUUCGGAGACCUUUCCCGAAGCCAGCCAAGCCCACUAUGAGUACAGGAAAGGGCCCAGGACAGGAGUGGGGCCUGCCCUGCAUGGGCCUGGUUUCACUCACUAGGACAGCGUAAAUCCCCUUACACAGGAAGGGACAGUGCCCUCUGCAGGUUAGCCUCCUGCCUGGCCUUAAUCUUCCUUUCUUCCCUGUAGCAGCCCUCCCCGAAGGUCACGCUAUCUAGCCAGGAUGUCUGUUUGGCAGUGAAAGGCAGUUGGCUGGAUUAGUGUCCCCUGGGACACUCCCCUUCCUGGUAGCAGUGAGCCCCUCCCACCCUCCAGAGAUAUUAAAUGUCACCCAGGGAAAGGAGACAAAGGACUUAGUGUGAUUCAUGCCACAAUCCCAGCAUUCCAGAGGCUGAGGCAGGAGGAUAGUGAGUUCCAGCCUGUCCGGGGUUAAAUAGCAAGCCCUGGUUUGCAAAAUACAGGAAGGGGUAGAGGGUUCUGGAGGCUAGUUCAGUCAGCAAGCAAGCUCUAGGAUCAGGGCUCUGUUUGUAGUGGAAGAGGGGCCAAUGGGAGUGGUGGUGUGGGCUUACCAUUCUAGAACUGUGGAGGGAGAGAAGAAUGCUAGCCCACCUGGCCAGCUGCAGGGCAAUGAGAGAACUUGCAGAGUCUCUGUCUCACUCUAUGCAUGUGCACGCGCGUUCAUGCACGAGGAACUGGAGAUGGCUCUGUGGUACUUGCUGCUUACAGAAGACCAGAGUUAUCUUCCCAACACCCAUGUCAGACAGCUCACGACAGCCUAAAACUCCAGCUCCAGGCAGAUCAAGAAUAUACUCUUCUAGCAUCUGUGGGAACCUAUGUUCACAUGGACAUACCUCUCCCAACACACACACACCCAUGCACGCACACACAUGCAGGGAAAUGGUAGACAGGAACACUGCCUUCGGACCACUGUGCUGUGAGGUUCUAUACCGCUCCACUUUAACAGCACUGCAGUGAAAAGGCUGCACUCAAUCAGGCUAGCCCUCGUCCUGACCUGCCCUUGCAGGUUUCCCAUCUGCAAGGCAUACCCAGGAGCAGAGGGGGCUGAGAAAACACUACAGUGGGGAGUGGAGAGGCCGGAACGGGGACGGACCCCAUCCUCCUCUUCCUGUCUGGGAGGGAGAAGUUAGGAGCAGACACAGUGGAGCGGCUCCCUCUCCCCUUCCCAGGAGGCCAGGCAAACCUGCCUGGACAGCAUCUUGAAUGGGGGAAUUGUCCUGCCAGCUCCCUGGCAUAUGCACAUACAUGUGAGGGCCCCUUCAGCCACUCCCCAUCUUCCUCUUCCCCCAUAGCCAAUGCUGGCUCUCCCAUUACCGCUAAACUAACCCUAUCUACGUACAUCUGGCCCAAGUCUGUGGACACCUAACUGGACCCCCACUGUCACCUGUGCGCCCUCACCCCCAUCCUUUUAAAGUAGUUCUAGGACAGGACUAUGGGCUACAAGCUUGGGUUCCCUCACACAACCCCCUGCCAGAGCUAAGGAAGAGAGAGGAGGGGCAGGAGGUGGCAGCCCCACCCCGGAGGUGCCUGAGGCUCUUGGCAGGGGCAGCUGGAGCAGUUAGAACCAGCUGCCAGUGACUCACCUCCCACCAACCCAGACAAAACACCUAGGGCUGGGAACCAACACCCAGCACCUCCCCACACCAUAAUCCCACCACUAGACCUGACCCCCUAGGGGUCCCCUAUUCUCAGAAUUCUGGUCUCCCCAGCUCCCAAUCACCCUCGGUACUGAGACAGAUCCCGUUUUCUUUUAUUUAUACAAAAAAAAAAAGUUUCUUUUUAAAUAUAAUUUAAGAACCCCCUUCCAAGCACCGGUGUCUGCCUCCUGUUGACCGCCACCACCCUCCUGCCCCUUUUACAACAUCACCCCCCCUUCCCUCCACUCACAACACAGCUUGGGGGCACUUAGGGGGAGGGAAGGAGGAAGGAACUAACUGUCUGAGGCUAUGGCAUUUCAAAGGCACUGUUCUAGAACAUAUCAACGGGUCCUUGUUCCCAACAGGAGAUAGUCGAACCAGGUACCCUUCAACGCACAAAAUCUGGACAAGGGGGGUGGGGAGGGAAGAGAAGGAGGAAAAAAAAUAACAAAAUAAAAAAUAGUAAAACUCCAGAACCUUCAAUAUGAAGGCAGAUGAGGGAAGGAGCAUUUACAAGGGAAAAUGAUUGCCUUUGGUGGUGACAGCAAGUUGGGACAUCAGAAUCCAAUGAUUACAUCACCGAGUCCUGACAGCCCCGUCCUGCCUUCUGGGACGGCAUUUUCCACUCCCAAGUUGGCAGGCUGGUCACCUUUUCUCUUUGGUCUGCAGGGACAUGCCCGUUGAGGUGGAAGACGCUUGAGGAGAGAGCCCUCUGGGAAGAUGGGAGAUUAGAGACGUAGGGAUGUUCUUUGC